AUGUCAGAGAGGAAGGUAAUCAACAAGUACUACCCUCCUGAUUUCGACCCGUUGAAGGCAGAGAGGGAUCUUAAGAAGGCCAAUAAGUCGUUGAAAAAGCGUAACAAUGGUGUAGUUACUGUAAGACUGAUGACUCCAUUCAGUAUAAGAUGCUUGAAAUGUGAUGAGUACAUACCGCAGAGUAAGAAGUUUAACGGUAAGAAAGAAAUAUUGGAUGAGAAAUAUCUAGACACCUUUAAGAUGUACCGGUUAAAUAUAAGAUGUCCCAGAUGCAGUAACUGUAUUGCAUUCAGAACUGACCCGCAGAGUGCUGACUAUGUGAUGGAAUUUGGUGGUACGAGAAACUAUGCAGGGAGGUUGAAAGAGAAUAAAAAUGUGGAAACGGCAGACCAGGCUCUUGAACGACUCGUUAAGGAACACGAUGAUGAUCGACAUCGUGGUGAGGAUAAAAUGCAGGCUCUCGAGGAAAGGUUAUCAAAACUACAGAGAGAACAAGAGGGUGAUCAACAAUUAGUUGCAUUAAAGAAUUCAAGAGCUCAGCAGCAGCGGAAAGUGGAUAGUUUAUCGCAUGAAAGCGAAGAGGAUCAAGAUGAUGAGUUGGAUAAACUUGCAGAAAGGGCAUUUGAAAGCAGAAAAGGAAGAGCAGAUACUUUGAAAGUUUCUAAACCGGCAAAAAAGAUAAGGAGAGCCACUGGAGCUCAUACUGGAGCUCCUAACCCACUGGGAAUUAGGAUUAAGAGGUAG